AUGUCGAUAUCCUCCAUCUUCCACAUCAAGGAGCACGUUCUCGAUGGCUCUCACAUUCGCGAGUUCCCUCGCGCCCUCUCGCGCUCCCAGGAAGACGUCCUCAAGUUGGCCGUGAAGGAGUACAUCCCCAAGGACAACCCGAACCCGAAGCCCGGCGACGUCACCAUCAUCGGCGCCCACGCCAACGGGUUCCCCAAGGAACUCUACGAGCCCCUGUGGCAGGACCUCCACGCCGAGUCCCUCAAGCCGUCCUCAACCUUCCGCAUCCGCUCCAUCAUCAUCGCCGACGCGGCCUGGCAGGGCGCCUCCUCGGCCCUCAACGAGCCCCUCCUCGGCAACGACCCGGGCUGGCUCGAUCACCCGCGCGACCUCCUCCACCUCAUCAACACCCUCCGCCCGCCCCGGCCCCUCAUCGGCGUGGGCCACUCCUUCGGCGGCAACGCCAUCGCCAACGUCGGCCUCAUCCACCCGCGCCUCUUCUCCGCCGUGGUCCUCCUCGACCCCGUCAUCUCCAAGUGGUCCGCCAACGCCAAGGGUACCAUCGCCUCCUCCCCCGCCGCGGCCUCGGCGCGCCGCCGCGACGUCUGGCCCUCCCGCGAGGAAGCCCGCAAGGCGUUCCUCAAGUCCCCCUUCUACCGCGCCUGGGACAGCCGCGUCUUCGACGCCUGGGUCAACCACGGCCUGCGCGACGUGCCCACGCAGCUCUACCCCGCGUCGGACGCCACCCCAAAGGGCAGCGUGACGCUAGCGACGACGAAGCACCAGGAGGUCUUCACCUACUUCCGGCCCAGCUGGCACGCCUACGACGCCAGCGGCCGGGACGUUGUGCGCCAGGAGCUGGUCCCGGAUCUGGACCCUACGCUUAACGAGCGGUAUUACACGUUCCCCUUUUACCGCUCCGAAGGGGCCAACACCCUCGUCCGCUUGCCGAACCUGCGCCCGGGCGUGCUGUACGUGUUUGGCGGGGCGAGCGACCUCUCGACCCCCGAGCUGAGGGAGGAGAAGAUGCGGCUGACGGGGACGGGCGUCGGCGGGAGCGGCGGGGCGGCCAAGGGCAAGGUGAGGGAGGUCACGCUGCCCGAGGGAGGGCAUUUGUUCCCCAUGGAGGUGCCGGGCGUGAGCGCGCGGUUGACGGCCGAGUGGAUCGAGAAGGGGCUGGGGGAGUGGCGGGCGGAGCAGGAGGACUACGAGCGGUGGACGAGGCUGAGCGUGCGGGAGAAGACCACGCUGACGGACGAGUGGAUGGAGAGGCUCGGAGGUUCUUCAAGGCCGCCCAAGGCAAAGAUGUGA